AUGAUAGACACAAAAAUCCAAUCACAAAACGACACGGUUUUUGUGUCUUUCAUAUACGGAGCACCACAACGUGAAAACAGAGCCCUGUUUUGGGAAAACCUCGCAACAAUUGCAGCUACAAGAGAAACGGCAUGGCUAAUCACUGGAGACUUCAAUGACAUUCUAGACAACACAGAAAAAGUGGGAGGCCCUCUCCGCUGGGAAGGAUCCUUUCUCUCUUUCCGUAGUUUUGUCUCUCAUAAUGGUUUGUGGGAUGUACAGCACUCUGGAAACUCCUUGUCUUGGAGAGGCACUCGCUAUAACCACUUCAUCCAGUCAAGACUAGAUCGGGCUCUAGCCAACUGCAACUGGUUUGAAAAAUUCCCAACAGGAAGAAGUGAAUACCUCCGCUUUGAGGGAUCAGACCUCUUCUGA